UCUACACACUGAAGUCAAAGGUAGCUUGAAAACCGCUCGAAUGGGUUGGCGGAGAGGAUUAAAGCGAAUCAGAAAUAUACUAUUUUGAGGCUUUACGUUUACCCGAACAAGCCUUCAGUUCUACAAAUGGACCCCUAAAGGUCCCUAGCUUGUGGUGAAGAUGAAAUAGCUGCGCCGAACUCAAGUUUUCUUGGAUAUUUUAGUCUUCGUUUCUCUGGACGUCUGUUUGUUGGUCUACAGGCUAGCGCUAGCACCAAGCGACUCUGGUGAGCUGGGUUUAGCUGCAACGGUCCCUACCAGCUUAUUUAUGCGGAUGUCUCCGGAAUUUAUGUUGAACCGACGGCGACAAAUGGGAGCAUCCAGCAACAAUCGAAAAUGUUGCGGCAUAGACUAAACGUUUAAUGUCCUGAGGACUGUUUAAAUUCGACUUCAGACGGAGGAUUCUGUGGACGCUGCUGCAGCAGGUGUUUUUUUUUUCUUUUUUUUUUUUCCUCUAUUUGGAUUUUAGCCCACUGACAUUCUCGCACAGCCAUGGAAUCGACGGUCGAUGACGAUGCAAUGGCAGCGUGAAUGAAGUUUGGCGUGGGGAGAUCUGAACGAUGCCCAAAGGUGGGGGUUCUAAAACCCCCCAGCUGGACCACUUCCCACUCAACACCGACAUGGUGGAAAAGCAGGGUGGGAAAAAGGAUAAAGUUUUGACGAAUAAAACUCCCAAACUGGAUCGCAGCGAUGGCGUCAAAGAGAUGAAAGAAAAAGCCCCUAAAAGGAAGCUGCCAUUCACUGCCGGAGCAAAUGGAGACCAGAAAGAUUCUGACUCAGAGAAACCAGGUCCAGAGAGGAAGCGCAUUAAAAAGGAGCCGACUAACACCAGGAAGAGCUUGCCGUUUGGAAUGGGGAUGCCUGGGAUCCGGGCCGGGUACCCUGUCUCUGAGCGGCAGCAGGUGGCCUUGCUCAUGCAAAUGACAGCUGCAAAGACCGUCAACAGUCCAGACACAACACCAAAGCAUCAGUCACAGUCCUGUCUGGGUCAGAAGGGAACGCCAAACUCUGCAUCUAAAACCAAAGACAAAGUAAAUAAAAGGAAUGAGAGAGGAGAGACUCGGCUACACAGAGCAGCUAUCCGUGGAGAGGUGCGCCGCAUCAAGGAGCUCAUCAGUGAAGGAGCUGAUGUGAAUGUAAAGGAUUUCGCAGGCUGGACUGCAUUGCAUGAAGCAUGCAACAGGGGAUAUUAUGAUGUGGCCAAACAGCUGCUGGCAGCCGGAGCUGAAGUCAACACCAAGGGUCUGGAUGAUGACACUCCUCUGCAUGAUGCAUCCAACAAUGGACAUUUCAAGGUGGUAAAACUACUUUUACGCUAUGGAGCUGAUCCGCGUCAAAGCAACAGGAGAGGUGAAACACCACUGAAGGUUGCCAGCUCCCCAACUAUGCUGAAUCUGUUGCUAGGGAAGGGCACUUACACUUCAAGUGAAGAGAGUUCAUCAGAGUCAUCAGAGGAGGAAGAUGCCCCGUCGUUUGCUCCCUCAAGCUCGGUGGACGGCAAUAACACAGACUCAGAAGUAGAGAAGGGGCUCAAACUCAAAGGGAAGUCUGCCGACCCACCUAAAUCUGCAGUUACGCCUGUCAAAGACGAAUACGAAUUUGACGAGGAUGACGAGGAGGAGCGUGUCCCUCCCGUUGAUGACAAACACCUCUUGAAAAAAGAUUUUCGAAAGGACCCGGUUAGCAAGACCAACAGCUUCAUCUCUAUACCCAAGAUGGAGGUUAAAACCUAUUCCAAAAGCAACUCGCUCACACCAAAGAAACCUGUCAGGCGGAUCAUCUCUGACAGUAACAGCUCGGACGAGGAUGACAGGACGUUGUGUUUCACACCAGUGCCCACACCACGGCAACAAGUCCAGCAAACUAACACCAAGACAAGAGACUCUGGCAGCAUGAGCUCUAAGCAACAGAAAGACAAAAACAAAGUCAAAAAGAAGCGAAAGAAGGAGAGCAAAAAUAAUGUCAGUAAAGAGGUCAGGUUUGGGAAAGUCAAUGACAAGUUCUGCACUUCAGACUCUGAUUGUGGGGAUUUGGAAAGCGAGGAUGACAAAGGCUCAAACAGCAUCAAGGACUCUGCUGCAAUAAACCUUAAAGAAUCCCCAGGCUUUAAUGCCUCCUCUUCCUCCUCCUCUUCACAUGGAAGCUUAAACUCUCAGAAACAGGCACCCUCGUUAGCGGAGCAGCAUCCAAAGCAGUGGAGGACAGACGGCUGGAAGACGGUUUCAUCCCCUACGUGGUCGGAUGUCAGUUCUCUUUCAGAUCCAGUCAGCGAGUCCGAGUACUCGGAUUCGAGUGUGGAGUCAGUAAAGCAGGUUAAGAGAAAAGCGCAAGAGAACAAAAAGAAAAACAACAACGUGCACAGUAAUGUUGUUGACAAGAAAAACUCUGAUCUCUAUAAAAACUCUACCACAGAGAGCGCCACCUCUAAAACGGAUGUGGAUGGAAAGGUGAUUAAAAAGCAUAAAGUGAAGCACAAGCAUAAAAACAAGGAAAAGGACAAUGCCCCAAGUGUUGUGCUCAAUCAGGAUAUGAAUGAGAAGUUUGUCAAGAGCUAUUCUUUUGACUUUGAUGAUUCAAGACAGAAGUCCUUAAUUGUUGAGUCUGAAUCAGCAGUCGAGGGCAAAAUCAAAUUAUCCAAACACGAGAAAGACCAUUCGAAAAAGGACGAUAGGCUUUCAAAAGCCAAGUCUGAAGAUAAGGAUUGGUCGUCUGGAAAAGACCUUCACAGAACAGCAAAGGAGGAGAAGAGCAAAAAAGCAAAAGACGCCACAAAAGAUAAAGCAAACAAGGAGGAGAGGGAGAAAACUGCAAAAUCUGACAAGGAGAGAAAUUUUAAAGAAAAGGAGAAACCCAAGGAGGACAAACAGAAACCUCACAAAGAAGAGAAAAAGAAAAAGUUAAAGGAGAAAUCCUCCUCAAAGGCAGAAAGGAAGAGUGAGCUGAAAGAGGAGAAGCAUCUCAAAGUGGACAAGGAGAAAAACAUCAAAGAAGACAAGGAGAAAUGUAAAAAAGAUAAAACACUGAAAGAAGAGUCUGAUCAUGAGGGCUAUGACAUUAAUAACCGCUUCCUCAACCUGGAGGAAACGAAGCUUAGUGCAUCCGAUGACCAUCAUGAUAGGUGGGGCUCUGAGAUGUCUUCUGACUCCUCCCUUUACGGAGAAGAUAACUGGGACGUUCCCAUUAAAGAAGUCAAGGAAUAUAAAUCUAACAACACCGUUAAGCUAAUUGUUGAGACUGUUAAAGAAGAGACAAGGAGAAAAGAAAACAAAGUAAAGGACAAGAAGUCAGAGCACGGCGACAAAAGAUCAGAGAAAGAAGCCACAUCCAAGAAAAAAGAAAAAGACUCAUCAGAAAAGAUAAAUGAGAAGAAAAAAGACUGGUCAGAAAAACAAAAACUGAACUCCAGCCAUUCCCUUGACAAAGACAAAAAGAGGAAGGAGUCCACAGACACUCUAAAAGACAAAAAAGACAAGGAUUCACUGGACAGCAGUCGUGAACGGAAGGACUCGUAUGACAGUUUGAAAGAAAGAAAAGAUCAGAAAGUCAAGCAGGAAUCUAUAGCAGAUGAAUACAGCAAUGAUCCAUUCUUUAAAGACAUGGAUGCUGUCAGAGACAGAAACCAAUCUGGAAAGGAGAAGGACAAGAAAGGAGAGGCAACUGAGAAGCGGGAAAAGACAAAAACUGACAAGCACAAAGACAAAACAAAAGACAGAGGAGCGGACCACGAAAAGGAGAAGAGUGAACGCAGCUCCACUGAGAAAACUGUCAAGGAAAAAGAUGAUGACCGGGGCACCAAAGAAAAGAAGGAGGGAUCCAAAGACAAACAUAAAGAUUCUCAUGGCAAAGACAAAGAUCGAAAGUUAUCUUCAGAACAGACCAAGGACAAGAAGGACAAGCCCUGUCAAGAUAAACAUGCCGACAGGGAAAAAGACAUUUUGGAAGUCAAGAAAGAGGAGAGAAAACCCGAGAAAAUCAGGGAAAAGACUUGGUACAAGAUUGCGGACAUCUUUACAGAUGAAAGUGAUGAUGACGAAGACAGCUACAACAUUGGGUCUGGCUUCAUCAGGAAAGAACCAACUCCUGAUCAGGACGAGCUGGAUCACUUCCACUCAGAAAAGAUGAGAAAAUCUUCUGCUGACUCUAAACACAACACAGAAAAGGCAAAAGACAAAGAACACAAAGAAAAGAAGAAAGAUAAGGCCUCAUUUGACUCUGGGAAAGAGAGGAAAGGCUCUCUAGAAAAACACAACAAAGACAAAAAGGAUUCAGUGGAUGGAAAAUAUAAGGAAAGGAAAGAUAGAACAUCAGUGGACUCGACACAGGAAAAGAAAAACAAGCAAAAGCUGUUGGACAAAAGGGAAACGAGUGAGGAAAAGACAAAGAGCAAAUAUAAAGACAGGCAGGACCAUUCGAAGGAAAGAAAGCCCUCUAAAGGCAGUGGAGAAAAUGAAAAAUCCCUGUUAGAAAAACUAGAGGAGGAAGCCAUGAAUGACUACAAGGAUGACUCAAAUGACAAGAACAGCGACAUCUCCUCUGAUAGUUUUACUGAUCGAGGCCAUGAGCCGAUCCUAAGCAGUUACUACGACUCCAUAAACCUGAAUGACAUCUCAGAGGACAGGAGGGAUUCCCUGUCCAUAUCCACACCACAGGAUCGUUUCAGAGACAAAGAGAGACACAGACAUUCCUCCUCCUCUUCGUCCAAGAAGGGCCACGAUAAGGAGAAAGACAAAGUCAAGAAGGAAAAAGGUGAUAAACGUGACAAAACCGGAGAGAACCGAGAGUCCUACAGCCGCAGAGAGAGCCUGCCCUUUGACAAGGAGCCCAUGCCUCUGGAAGCUGACCCCUACACAUUCCCAUACGGAGGCAAGGGAGACGGUGACGACGACUUUGAUAAAACUUUGGAAUUUGAAAAAGAGAUGUCUAAAAAGGACAAAGAGAAAUCUACUGGCAUCAUCAGUGACAGAAUGAAGGACAAAAAGAAGAAGGAGAAACAUAAAGAUAAAGUAAAGGAGGAGAAGAAUAAAUACAUGGAUGGCUUUGGGUCAUUCAAACACUCUAGAGAGGAUGUGAAAUCAGGGUUGAAAGACAGCCCUCAGCUCACUGUCCUGAAAGAAAGAUCGAAGGAGCAAAGUCCAAAGUAUGAUAUGAAAAAGGAAAGAAACCGGGACAUGCUGGACAAGGAUAACAGAAUGGAUCACAGUAAGACUAAAACCAAGGACGAAAAUGAAAAGCUCCCACAGUCCAAAGACCCGGUGCGGAAAGACAUCCGUCCACGUGAAAAACUGUUGGUGGAUGAUGACUAUCAAAUGACGAGCUUUGGUCAGAUGCUGAGUCUUAGAGAUCAGGAGGCUAGGGCCUGCAUUAAGAAGCAAAAGGAAAAAAUGAAACAAAUGGAAAGAUUGAGACCCAAAACGGGGGACCCUAAAAUCAAAGCAAAGUCUGCUGAGGAAAUAAAGAAAAACCGCAGUGAGCUAUCUACAAAGAAAUCAAACAGCCUGGAAUCGGGUCUGAAAGAGAGAAAGCUAAAGGACGUCGGCCUUCCUGCUCAGAUUAUGUCUCCAGGGAGGAAGUUCCAGCCUACCGACACUCAGAACUCAAAGGACUGGAUGACCGGUCAUCAAAUGAAGGAGAACCUCCCUGCUUCUCCCAGACCAGAUCAAAACAGGCCAACUGGUGUCCCCACACCAACGUCUGUAAUUUCCUGCCCGAGCUUCGAGGAAGUUAUGCAGACGCCCCGUACCCCAUCCUGCAGUCCAGAGGAUUAUCCUGACAUUAUGCUGGACGGACUGGAUUGCCAGAACUCAUCAGCCAUGACAAUAUCGAUGAAUGCCUGCUCCCCAACCUUCUUUGAAAGCAGGUAUACUAACUCCCAGAGUUUCCAGGAGGGAACGUGUCCUACUCCUGCAAAGAACCUCCAGCUACCACUUGUCAGCCGCUCUGCAUCAUCUGAUGUCCGCAGACCUCUAGAAAACGAGUUCCAAUCGGAGUCCGAUAAGUUUCUUAGGCAGAGCAAUCCCACUCCUGAAUACGAUCAAACCUCUGCUCCUCAACCUCUUGAGGACAAACCAUUAACUUUGAACAGAUUGGAAAGCUUGUCAUCAUCCUAUUUCUCUCCUAUGAGGAUGUUAUCUCCUCGCCAGGAGUUAGGUCAUCCAACACAAGAUGGAGUCUCGGCAACACUUGCUCUCACAGAGGAUCAUGAGCACCUUCCUGACAGUGUCUACAACAGCUUCCUACCUAAACCCUCCACACCCGUCCACAGACCAGAUCCCCAGGAGCCAUGCUUUGACAUAGCUGCACCACCAACACCUGCUCCUGCUGCUUUACCUCCCUUGGAUAUUGAUGACAACUCUGAGCCGCACCACAGUGAACCUAAUCUGGUCCAUUCAGACCUGCCCUGUGUAACAGAACAACAUCGGGUGCAAGAAGUGGAGGACGAAGAAAUGGAGGAAGAAGAAGGGGAAGACGCAGAUAUGGUUGACAGGACUGAUGGAGUCCAUUCUGUGACAGAAGACCAAGGACCAACAAGAGAUCCGUGUUCUUUCUCUCCUGAAGGUGAGGAGCAUUUAAGGAAAAGUUGGCAUACAGUGUCUCCGGACCACCAGGAACCUGAAGUCCAACAACUGUCCCCAGUACACUCUGCGCUCAACGAUGGAGAAAGCUGCUUUGAACAAAGCAUGGGAUGGAACGCUGAGAUGGACCUCAAAUCUUCCCAUGGGGAGAUUGAAGUUGCUGUCUCCAAAAUAACCAGCCCCUACUCCCAUUCUGAUAACGAGUUACAGCCGAUCUCUGGACACACGUCUGUCACCUAUGAGAACUGGAAUAGGUGGCAUAAAGAGGACACUGUGGAUUUGGACGAGCAGAAGGAGGCUGUUGAUGAAAUUCCCUCUCCAGAGCGGCCUGACACAGCUAUAGACGAAGAACCCAACUAUUUAAAUACCUCAUCAUCCUCUAACAGGCUAGAGUCUUUCUUCCAGGACUGCAACAAGCCAAUUCUAGAAAAUGGGCACCAAAUGGAAACAGAGCCCAUAUGUGUAGAUCCAGACAGCAGACAGAGCACACAGAGCUUCAGCGCUACCCCAGAUGAUCACAUCAACCCAGCUGGGGGCCCGGAGCCUGUGGUCCGAUGGCCUGAUCCGUUCUCACCCAAUGCAGAUGAACUCGAUGACCUAGGCCCGUUUUCUUUACCUGACCUGCCAUUACCUGACAAAGCAGAGGAAACUGAGCCUCGAGACCAAGAGAUGGCCAACCACGCCAAGACCGUCUCAGCUCACAUCAGACACAACAUUCCAAACAUGGAUGAUACAGACAUAAUGGAAGUGGAUCUACCACGUCUGUCAAAGAUCCCGUGUCCCUCUGGAGACCUUGUCUUGGGUGAACAUGCUAGCCAAGACUUCAUCGUGCCGUCUCCACACACCAACUCCCAACAAGAAAUGGACCCAGAGCCUCAAAGCGUGCCCACCAAUAACUCUUUGUUGAUAGGCACACAUGCCAGUGUUUUAGAGAGACCGCUACCAUAUCCUGUCCAUGAAGAGUCAGAUUCCAUUAUGUUGUAUUCACCUGCAAAUUCAGAUGCCAGUCAACACCAUCAUGGCCCAAUCCAUACCCUCCCUGAGUCGAUGCAUUUACCGCUGGAAGCAGAGUUGUCGGCAAAGCAAGAGGAGAAGCAUGAGGACAUGGCAGAUACCGUAGCAGAAUCUGUGUCCUGCAGUCCUCAUACUCAUCUUUCUGUGGCAGUUACUGUCUCCAGCACAUUGGAGCCUUCGGACACUCAGGACCCCCCCUCCAAGCUAACACCAGUCCCCCCUACUCCUACCCCAGCCCCUGUAGAUGUCGCCAAGAAAGUGGAGGAAAUCCCUCAAAGAGUCACCCGCAACCGCGCCAAGAACAAUGCCGCCGCUGCUCCGCUUACAUCCAGCAUCUCAACCUCAUUAGCCACUGCCGCCACCAUUACAACCAGCUUAGCGGUGAGCAUCAACUCGGUCCCAACAAGAACGUCCACACCCAAUUCAGUGUCUUCCUCACCAGCUCAGAAGAAAGAGAAAGAUUGUGGACUAAGUGUUUCCACUGCAGCCUCUCAUUCAGCUGGAACAGUGUCUGUCACAACUUCGCCAUCUGCGAUUCUGAAAAUGCCGAAAGGCCGCCCUGUCACCGUUGAUGACGAGGACUCUCAAACCCAGCACCCGCGUAAAAGAAAGUUCCCUCGUUCUGCAGGACAGCAAGUCCAGGUCCAGCUUGUGAACACGGCCAUGCAGCAGACGCGAGAGAUGAUCCAGCAGACCCUAGCUGUCGUCGUCAACGCCAUUAAGCUGGAUGAGAUCGAGCCCUAUCACAGCGACCGGUCCAACCCUUACUUUGAGUACUUGCAAAUCAGAAAGAAGAUCGAGGAGAAGAGGAAGAUAUUGUGCUACAUCACCCCUCAGGCCCCACAGUGUUACGCCGAGUAUGUGACCUACACUGGUUCCUACCUGCUGGACGGGAAGCCCCUCAGCAAGCUUCACAUCCCUGUGAUUGCCCCACCUCCAUCGCUGUCAGAACCCUUGAAAGAGCUCUUCAGGCAGCAGGAGGCUGUAAGAGGAAAGCUCAGGUUGCAGCACAGCAUAGAGCGGGAGAAACUGAUAGUUUCAUGUGAACAGGAGGUUUUAAGGGUCCACUGCAGAGCAGCAAGGACGAUAGCCAAUCAGGCUGUGCCGUUCAGUGCCUGUACGAUGCUGUUGGACUCUGAAGUGUACAAUAUGCCAUCUGAAAGUCAGGGUGAUGAGAACAAAUCUGUGAGAGAUCGCUUCAACGCCCGUCAGUUUAUAUCCUGGAUCCAAGACGUGGACGAUAAAUACGACCGCAUGAAGACAUGUUUGCUGAUGCGACAGCAGCACGAGGCGGCAGCUCUCAACGCGGUGCAGAGGAUGGAGUGGCAGUUAAAGGUUCAGGAGCUGGAUCCUGCCGGGCACAAAUCCCUUUGUGUCAACGAAGUGCCGUCCUUCUACGUACCGAUGGUUGACGUCAACGACGACUUUGUCCUUCUGCCCGCGUGACGCACCGCUGCGCAAAGAUUGAGACAGAAUUCCAUCAGUCAUUUCUUCUCUAUGAGACUUCGUUGAAGCGAACAAAUGGAAAGGGCUAUCAAGUUAGAGGAGUUUCUACAGGAAGGACUAUAUUCUUUAGAAAAGGAGUAAAGUUUGGAAACUUGCUUCUGAUUCCUUUCCGUGAAGAAGGAAACUUUUUACUGGAGGAAAAGAAAAUACACAACCUGCACUUUGAUCCUGAAAAGUUUUUACGCUUUAGUUUGAUCGGAGUGUUAGAAGCAGAAACUGCUUUGAGGCUCUGACAUCGGGACACACCUACUCAGUGCUCAGUUAUGGUGAGAUGGGGGGACAGAGAUUUAUUUUCUGUUUGGUUUUUAACCCCCUGAUUCAAUACCCAUCGUCACUGGGAGGAUGAAUCAGAGAAGAGCUCUCCCAGCUGCCCAGUGCCCGUCCAGGGGGACCUGAGGAGGAGGAGGAGGAGCUUCCCAGGGCUCUCAGUGGUCAAGGAGAUCCAGACUGAGGUCAGCACUGACCCAGAGGGAGUACAAGGAGCCCCAGCUCUUCAUGUAGGAUCUUCAAUGGCUCCAUAAAAGCUACAGCCAGUGGAUUUUUCCGACCAGUGGGCUGGAACACCAUAAAGAUGUGUGAGAACGCCGGGCCCAGUGUCUGAUAGGAAGACUGACCCUGCAGCCUCUCAGCCUGGCUAGACAGAACAGUAGAGCACGGACCCCCGAGGACAGCCCGGAGUGUUCCUCAGAGGUUCUGCUCGCUCCUACAUGAAAACAACAGACCGCCAUGGACUGCAAAACACCACAGGACAACCAGAACAAACAAAUCCAACGAAUGUUGAUAUUCAAAGAGACUGUUGAGAAAUUGAGGUUUGAAAGGAGAAGAGAAAUAUUGUUUGUUUGUUUUUUUUGUUCUUUUUUUUUGUCUAUUUCUUUACUUGGGCAUUUCAUUGUUUCUGAGGAAGUGACUUGAAACACUACAGAGCCAAUAUUAGUUUAAUGGAAAAAAACAUCAAAAAACAAAAAAAGUUGUAUUCCGUAAAUGAUGUACAGUUUUUAUAUUCGUUAACCAAUGUAUUCUUGCUGCCUUCUAGAUAAGUUAUUUUGCCACACAUUACUGCACAGUUGUAAAUAACCUAUGUACUGUAAUAUCACUCAGUUACAUGUAAAGAAAGAAGAAAAAAACAAAACAAAAAGAAAUAAAAAAAUUAUCUUUUUAUGUACAGUUCACUUAUGGGCAGCACUCCCCCCCCCCCCCCCCUCUCAUAUCCAAUGGGCCAAAAUAUGUACCCAGUCCUGUCAGUAUUUUAAAGACUCAUCCUUAGAUUCGGUCAGCUCGCCCGGAUGAGCCGCCUCAACACGACAACCUGACAGAUACAGAUUCUGGAUUAUUCAGGCCCGCCGCGGGCCCUCCACCAUAAAGCCCCUCAGAUGUAGCAGAAUAGAUAUUACGGAUUUAUUUAAAGAAUAAACAGAGGGUUAUUAUUCAUUGCUUUACUACACAAUUAUAUCAGAAAAUUUUUUAACCAAGAAAAUGCCUUUUUCAGUAAAAAAAAAAAUAAUACUUGUUGGGCAAAGCCACAUAGUUAUAUAUGGUUGAAAGAGAGAUGUCAUU